UUUUCACGUUUUCCCAGUAAAGAUAAAAAAUAUAUUCUGUGACAGGAAAGAAACUUUAGUUGUUAAUCUUAUGUUUAAAAGCUGUUAGUGGUCAGACUUUUAUUGUGAAAGGCUUCAUAGUUGCACGUCUGUCGGAUUUAAAGGUGAACAGUAGUUUUUUGUAUCGCUCCUGAGGUGCACAGAAUGAACAGGUGCAAGUUAAACUUUGAGACGUGUUUCCUUCACGUUAAGGAAAAAAACUGAACAGUGACGAAGACUUCCGGGUAGAAAGGACUAGUUUUCUUUGUUAGGAUGAAGCUCCUUUCUCCUCCUGCUGCUGCUCCUCUUUCUGUGUUUGUGGAGCUGUAAGCAGAGGAUGGAUGGAUGGAUUCUCCGAAGCGUGUCUCCGCCCGGCGGGGUGGAGGAGGUGGAGGUCUCUCUGUCUCUGCUUUCUUCUUCCACCUUUUUUCAUGUUUUUGGUUUAAACUCUCGUAGUGGGUUUGGUCCUUUCUGUCUCGCGGAGGGGGGCAUUGCGUGUAGUUCGCGUGGCCGGCCGCGCGCUCUGAUUGGCUGGCCGUGAUUACCGGCACGCUUCUCUGCGCGGGGCGGACAAACACCGCGGGCGUCAUUAUGUUAAUGAACUUCUCCCGCGGCACGGGGCAGACCUGCCGCAGCAUUCAUCCCCUCAUCCUGCGCGCUGAUGCCAGGCCGGGGGGGUCAAAGGGGGGCGCGGGGGCAGGGGGGCGGUCAUUGUCCCCGCGCGCUAUAUAAGCGGGCUGAGGCCAGUCGUGUGCCAGGCUCACCGGCUCGCACGAGCUGAUCCAGAGCAGAAAACACGCAGAGACACGCGCGCCGCUCCGAACUGCCACAGACUUCAGGUGAAUUCCUCUCGCGUGGAUCCCUCACGCCUCCUCUCCUCUCCCCGCAGUCAUGGACUCGCUCUACUCCGAUAUCGACAGCAACAGCUGCGACUUCUUCCCGCACAGCGAAGACGAGGAGUCCCGCGGCCCGCGCUGCGCGUCCCCGCAGCCCGAGCAGCAGCAGCAGCAGAAGAAGCAGCGGCGUCGCGGGCGCGCGCGCAGCGACGCCACGGUGCAGGUGGUGAAGAAGAACCGGCGCCUGAAAGCCAACGACCGCGAGCGUAACCGCAUGCACAACCUGAACGACGCGCUGGACGCGCUGCGCGGCGUGCUGCCCGCUUUCCCGGACGAGACGAAGCUGACGAAAAUCGAGACUCUGCGGUUCGCGCACAACUACAUCUGGGCGCUGUCCGAGACCAUCCGCAUCGCUGACCUGCAGGCGGGCAAGGCCGGAGAGCCGCCUGUGCUGCUCAGCCCGUGCCUAGCCGAGGUCCCGAGCCCGGGCAGCGAUGCCUGCUCCUGGAGCUCCAGCGGCUCCUCGUCCUCCUCCUCCCCGGCCUACUGCGCCUCCAGCCCGGGCAGCCCCGCCGCGCCCGAGGACUACAGCUACCUGCGGCAGGACGCUCUGUACGGCUUCCGCAGCUUCGUACCGGGCAUCUACUGAUCCAUGAGCCCGGAGGUCCCGCUGGAAUAAGACUGAGAGCCGCUAUUUGCCUUACUCACACCUCCUCCUCCUCAGCAUCAUCAUCGUCGUGCCUCUACGAAUGGACUGGAAAUGAGAGGAACUGAAUUUGUUCUGUUUUUUAUUAUUAGUUUUGGGUUUUGUAAAUUUCUCCAAAAACCUUUGCACUUUCCCCUCUCCCCCCUCUCCCCCCCACAGUCUGCAGGUUACAGUCAGUCUCAGUUUUUCUGUUUUCGUGUCGGAGGUGAAAAGUCAAUUUUACAAUUAGUAGAGUGAUUCUGCAGAAAAGAGAGCGUGGAAAUCGAGUUUCAACGCUCCCACAAUAGACUGAAAGGAGCUGCCCGCAUUCAUUAUGUAUUCCACACACACGCACACACACACCCUCUCUCUGCUGUGUUUUUAUUUAUUCGACUCGUUUCGUUUUGUCACAUGAAAUCUGUAUUUUGUACAUAAAGAGAUUUUAUUCUAUUUACUUGGAGCUUUGGUGCCACUUUUCUACUAAAUAAUAAAGUUAUAACGUUUCUAUAAAACUCGCCUCUGCCUGCUUCUCCUUGAUCCCGAGCCUCAGUCU